AAAGAGCAAGGCAGUCACAGCCCGUCGCAUCACAUUGUCACAUUGUCACACAUGUCUGUAACGCUUCACACAAGUCACGGCGAGCUCAAGAUCGAGAUAUUCUGCGAGGCUGUCCCCAAAACGGCAGAGAACUUCCUUGCGCUAUGCGCUUCGAAUUAUUAUGAUAAUUGCAUAUUUCACCGCAGCAUCAAAGGGUUCAUGGUCCAGACGGGCGAUCCUUCUGGCUCAGGAAAAGGUGGCCAAAGCAUAUGGGGGAAACCCUUCGAAGAUGAGUUGCGGUCUACUUUGAAGUUUAACCAUCGUGGUAUAGUCGCCAUGGCGAACUCCGGCCCCGAUACGAACAAGUCGCAAUUCUUCAUAACCUAUGCAAAACAGCCUCAUCUGGACAACAAAUAUACGAUUUUUGGCAAGGUCAUUGAUGGUGCGGAGUCCGCACUUGAUGCCAUGGAACGUGUACCUGUGAACAAUAAGAACAGACCGCUUUCCGAGAUCAAACUGACUCAUGUGACCAUUCAUUCGAAUCCCAUUGCGGACGCUCAGUUAGUCUCACGUUGAUACUAAAACGAACCUUUCGUUUGUUUGAGUGCGAACUCCAAAAUCGUCACAUCAGAUGAAUGUUCUUUACACCUCAGAGUAUGCUAACGCUUAAUAAAACCAACCAGCUCUUUCUGCAACUCUCUUUGUCGUCGCGCUUUGUCUAGGUCAUCUAUGCUUCGCAGAUCAUAGACGAUAUCACGUGUUUUGCCGAAG